UAUAAACUAAAACCAGAGAGUUCCCUCUUCAUCUCAUCCUCUCCAAGCUUUGUAAUUCCAGUUUCUCAAAAUCGGAAUCGUUUGCUUCAUUUGAAGAUCAAGAAUGAGAAUUGGUGUGCUAUGCGGUUGCGACAUUUGUGUCCACCAUCGCACUCAAGAAACCGAACCGAGCAAAGUGAAUGGCUCAUCGGUUCCUGUUAGUUCCGGACCAGUUGAAGCUCUUGGUUCCACCUCAGAUCAGAGUUCCGGAACAGAGACUCCACCACUCGCUCCUCCUCCUCCUGAACCGGCGCAGUCUGUUGAUGAUGCUCAUGGCGAUGCAUCCUCGAAAUCAUCUCCAGUUCAAACUUCUUCACCACCAACAACCAUAUUCAGUUUCCCUCCUGUUAGUUCCCAACCAGCGCGAGAUCUUGUUCCCACCGGUUCAUUGCCAGGUCCUUCUAUUGGUUGUUCAUUGCCAGGUCCUUUUAUUGGUUUUCCAUCUCCCUUUCCUACUUCCGGACCAUCUAUAUCCUCCUCGUCAUGCCAAGCUCCUGUCCAAGCUAGUGCACCCAACACUGCUUCUGCUUUUCCUCCACAGUUUAGCUACCCUGGUGGUGGUUGUUUAGCCAGACCUAAUGUUGGUCUCUCUCAAAUCGUUUCUUCACCGUUUGGGCCAACGCACGACUUUGGAGUUUGCGCUUCAAGGACUACCCCAAAAGAUCCAUUCCCAGGAUUUAGUGUUGAUUACUUGCCCAGAGGUCCCUCUGGACCACACCCACAAACUACUACACCAGUGUCUGGUGGUGGAACUGAACAAGGUUGUAGGUAUCCUCGUUAUUCACCUACACCAGAUUUUGACUCUUCUGGAGGUCCAGCCAAGCUUGUGAUGUCCAUAUCUGCUUCCAACUCACAUGGACAUAAAAGUCAUCAAGAGUUGAGGUGGGAAGAUUACAAAAAUGGAGACAAAGGUGCGGUUGGGUCGUUUCCUCCUCCUGCUCACAAACCUCGUAAAGAAUCGAGGUGGGAAGAUUACAAAAAUGGAGACAAAGGUGGGUUUGGGUGGUAUCCUCCUCCUCAUCAUUCACCUUCGCUAUUUGCUUCUCCGAGCAUACCUCAUCGACGUCCUCAGAUGAGAACUAUUGUUCAACCGCACGGAGACAUGAGUAGUUUUCCUUUUGGCUACAACACCCCUACUGCUUUCCAGAGCCCACAUGAACUCGUUGGUGUUUCUUCCCCAGCAUCUGGAUGCACAGCGUGUGGAGCCACGAGUAGCUCCUCUCCUUCUAGUCCCUUGGGCUUGUACGGGACCACCACAAAUCCUCCAUCAUUUGCGGCAUCUCUUCCCGGGUUGUUCUAUUCUACCUAUGGUUCUUGUCCUUUGCUGUUUGGCACUCCAAAUCUUGCGGCUUAUGGUACAUCAACAACUCCAGCAGUCCAAGCCUAUGCUAUUAUGUUGGGAACACCAAAUCUUACUGGUCAAGGUACAACAGCAACUCCAGCAGUUCAAGCCUAUCCUAUUAUGUUUGGAACACCAAAUCACGUUGCUCAAGGUACUACAGCAACUCAGCACUAUCCGACUAUGUUUGGAACACCAAAUAUUGCUGCUCAAGGUACUACAACAACUCCAGCAGCUCUGCCCUAUCCUAUGAUGUUUGGAACACCAAAUCUUGCUGCUCAAGGUACAACAACAACUCCAGCAGCUCAGCCUUAUCCGACUAUGUUUGGAACACCAAGUAUUGCUGCUCAAGGUACUACAACAACUCCAGCAGCUCAGCCCUACGCUAUUAUGUUUGGAACACCAAAUCUUGGAGCUCAAGGUAUAACUCCAGCAGCUCAAGCGUAUCCCGUUAAUGGUUUAAAUCUUCUCCCAUUCUCCGCCAUGAGUCUGCAGUAAUUGCUCCUCGCUCUCUGCAUCAAACUUGUUUCUUUUAUCUUGUAGGUCUAAGGUCUUUGUUUUUCCUUAAAAGUCAUAAACCAAGUCUCGUCCAACUUUAUGAUAUUUUUUUCUUCUAUCAUGGAUGUAAACAAGUCUCCUCUGUUUUGAGCUCUAUCAAUAAAACCUCC